GCAUAGGGCGCUAAGCGCCGGAAGUACCUUGCAGGACCGAGAGAAGGCGGGACUCCAGCUGUGAUUGGUUGUUAUGCCUGUCAGUCCCCUUGGAGGCGUGCCUGGACGGCUCUAACAAUUGGAGAAAGUGGAUGCCAGUCUGGGGAUCCCGCGUGUGAUUGGGUAUUCAGUGAGAGGGCGGAGCCUCGGGGCUAAAUAAUAGGGCCUGAAGUCGCUUUCCGCCUGUCAGACGCCCGUCUCCCGUACAACUCGCUCGGUUUUCAGCCUCUUCCCGUCCUUCAUUCCCGCUAGUGAGGCCCAACCUCUAAGGGAGCUAGGCUACCUGUAGACCCUCAGGGUGAUUUCUGAGCCCCAGGUGUGGGCGGAGGGGGUGGCCAUGGAGCUGGGCAGCUGCUUCGAGACCUACGAAGACUUCAAGGAGUGCUUCAGCGCCUACAAGAAGGAGAACAGGUGCUCCUUCGUUCCCAGAGACUGCGUCUCCGUUCGCUUUCACAACCUCAGCCAUGGCACCUCCAUCCGCGAGGAUAUACUAUAUGUGCAGGUGACAUUUGUCUGUUUUCGGACCCAGUCGCACAGGAAGCGGGCACCAGCUGCCGACACCUGCCCAGCGUACUUGUCCCUGCGGUACGAUGAGAAAUUGGACAGACUGUUUAUCAGCGAACUAAACACCAAGCAUAUACACGGCGACUCUCAGGCCGCCGGCCCUGAACAAGACCCUGAGGACCGGUCUCCUAAGACAGCAUGUCAACAGAAAACGAGCAGCCCACCGGACAAAGCCCUCGGUGCCGAGAAGUCUCCGGUUGGCCCAUCACCUUGCUUAGAGACGGUCCAGGAGUCCCCCAAGCCUGGGCAGGAGGGCAUCACUUCUUCUGACCUGGCCAAGGUCGCCAAAGUGAUGAGGAACUUUCUCAGGGCCAACGAAGGCUCCAUGGCCUCGCUCAGCGUGGGCAACGGCCAAGACCUGGACCGGCUCAGCUUCCAGAGCAGCAAGAUGAGCGAGCUGUUCGCACGCUUCCCAGAGACGCUCCUGCUGCACCGGGUGGAGCACGCCCAGGGCCACGUCCUCUACGCCUUCCUGGUGGAGAACAAAGAGCGCGAGGGCCGCGUGGUCCACUUCGCCAUGCUCCAGGCCGAGACGGCCCCCUCCGUGGCCAAGAUGCUGGGCAUCUUCACCGAGUUCAACUCCGACUGGCCCAAGGUCAAGAUGAUCUUCGUGGACCCCGCCUUCCCACACCGGAGCGUCCUGCAGGAGAUCUUCCCGACAGCCCGCAUCCUCCUCUCCAUCUACCACACCACCCGGCUCCUGGAGAAGAAGCUGCACCGGAGCUCGGCCAACGCGGCCUUCAAACAGCUCAUGAAGGAAGCCCUGCGGCAGGCAGUGUUCGUCACGUCUGAGGCCAGCCUGCAGAGCCUCUCCCACAUGUCGCAGGCCCUCCUGGACGAGGAGCUCUUCGGCUUCCUACAGGCCCACUGGUUCUCCUGCCAGCUGCUGUGGUACGUGCACGUCAGGAAGGGCCUGCACGCCUGCAGCACCUACAUGGACAGCCUCGACAUCGUCACCAGCAAGGUGUCCUGCCUCUUCCGGGAGCAGCAGACCCUCCUGGACUGCAUCCUGCACUUUGUGGACUACAUGGACUUCUUCAACACCAAAGGACUGAAGAACUUGCCCACGGCCCCUCCCAAGCUCAAGAGGGCCCGGCCAGCGGGCGAAACACCACCGAGGUCCAAGACCCGCUGUGGCGGGUCCCUGAGGCGACCUUCCUGCCUCCCCGUGGCAGAGACAAAGCCCCGCCUGCCGCCGCCACCACCGCCACCACCACCGCUGUCAUCUCCUCAGGGUGGCAUGCUGGAGGCUCUGCGCCAGAGCAGCUCCGAGCUGGCCUACCAGCUAUGCCAGAGUGAAUGGGAGGUGGUGCAGAACUCCUCCCACCUGCUAGGCGAGGCCGGCUCCGCCGUGGACAUUCAGCUGCUCGAGGACUCCCACCAGGCCAGCAAAGACGGCUGCAGCUGCAGCUGUGCCUUUCAGCAGCGGUACCGCCUGCCCUGCCGGCACAUUCUGGCCCUGCUGCACACCAGCCAGCAGCCUGUCAGGGAGGCCAUGGUGUGCUGCCGCUGGCAGAAGAGGUACCAGCAUCUCCUAGGGCCCGGAGGAGAGUUCCGGGAGCCUGUCCUGGCCCCGAACACAGGCCAGCCGGAGCAGCAAGGGCGGAACAGCCUGAUCCGGGACCUCAGCCGGGAGCUGGCCAACUUGCUGAUGCAGAGCGAAGGGCCCGAGCUGGAGGAGCGCUGCUCCACCCUGCGAAAGGUCGUGGACAUCUGGGCGCAGCCCGGGGACUUCAAGGAUGUGGGGCACCUCCCUUUUCUCUGGGGAGAGCAGGAGGAAGGGGGGGGCCUCCUUCCGGCCGAGGCUGCCGCUCAUGAGUGAAGCACCUGCGCUGGGGUCCUGGCCUCCAAGCCCCUGUUAGGUUUGGAAGUCAAAGAGCUCCAAGUGGCAGGCUAUGCCAGGAGGAGUGUUACCCUCGGGAAGAGAUGGGUCUGACGGGAUGUGCCCUGCACUCAUCAUUCCUCAAGUCCCUCCUUCCUUGUUCAAGGCCAAAGUUCUCACCGUGCUGAGAAAGCAUGCCCCUUCCCACCCCGGCUCCUGAGGUCACGUCUCACCUACUCUUGGAAGAUGAAGCCCCAGGCCCAGGGUCGCGUGAGCCAAAGCAGGUCUGGCAAGAAGGGCCUGCUUUCAGGGACCAAGGGAGGGAGGGGGCCCUUGACUAUUGUUGCUGCUGCUCUUCGUGAAGAAUCUGCCCUUUAUACUUAUUUUUAUUCACGUUCAAUAAAGGUGUCCGUUUGU